AUGGCCAAAUUCGUGCCUCGGCAGCGGAAGCACAGAGUGCUUGCCCGGGAAAAGGCAAAGGAAAAUGCCCGCCAUGAAGUCCAAGACACCAAUCAAGAAAUCCUGCCCGCCGACAAGAAAGCGCUCGAAGAGGAAAAGGCGCGCAUCAAGGAAGAGCUGCGCCGCGACGGUGUCAAGGUGAGCGGGAAGAAAGCAAAGCGGCUCGAAAAGUACAUCGACAGCAAGCUCCGCAAAGAUGAGAACCGCGAACUGCUGGCCAAGCUGGCCGCGCGCAAGGUCGACACUAGCCUGUUUACGAGUAGCAAGUCGCUGGGCCAGGGCCGCGAGACCAAGAAGCAGGCACUCUCGCGCGCGCUGCGAGAGAAGAGAGCUGGGAUCGAGGGCGAUGAUGCGGACAAGUUGCUCUUUGAGAGGAGGCGGGAGGCAUGCCAAGCUGCCCAAGAGGACAGCGACGACGACCGGGAUGCCAGCGGCAGCGACACCGAGUUGCAUCAUAGACCUACUGAAACGAAACUAUUGACUUCUUCUAUAUCUAAAUCGUCGACACUGGCGCAGCAGCCGGCCAGCACCGCCUCUGGAGUCGUUGGCUCCGGUCUCAAGCGCCCACUCGAGCUGGACGAGGACGGCCGCCCGGUCAUCAUGAAGAGACAGAAGCGAGGCGGUGUGAAGACAAAAGUGCAGCCGAUGCACGCCCCGCUGGCGGCAUCCGGCGGCCCGAAAUACGAGGAAUGGGAUGGGUUCGAUAGCGAUGCUGCAUCAGGCGACCCCGACAGCAAUGCUUCGAACGACGACCACGAAAACUCGACCGAUGACUGUAGCGACGCAGAGACCGAUGAACUGAGUUCUGAAGACGAUUCAAGCGCGGAGAGCGAAGAGACGUCGGGUGACGAUUCGAUGGGCGACCAGGGCGAAGACGGGGAGGCCAGGACACAGCGAUCUUCUGCGUUCAAAGCCUGGGCUCACCAAAAGCGCAAUGAAGCUCUGGGUUUUCAACCGACCGACCCCUCCUUGACGACCUUGAUACCUCGGCCGGACAAUUUCGUGCCACGAGCGCCCGAGCAAGACCCUCUGCCCAUGGAACUCAAACCGACGGCGAGAACUGAGCGAAAGGCCUUCAGCGUGACAGUGACUAGGUCCACUGAUAUCCAGGUGGCUCGUCUCAAGCUCCCAGUUGUCUCCGAAGAACAAAGGUUGAUGGAAGCAAUCCAUAACAACGACAUAGUGGUUAUUUGCGGAUCUACAGGAUCCGGCAAGACCACUCAAGUGCCUCAGUUUCUCUUCGAGGCCGGCUACGGGUCUCCCGACUCGCCGACGCCAGGAAUGAUUGGAAUCACCCAGCCGCGACGAGUUGCCGCCGUGAGCAUGUCGAGGAGGGUGGCCGAAGAGCUGGGCGAUCACUCCGGCGCAGUAGCCUACCAGAUCCGCUUCGAAGGCACCGUAGACGCCAAAACCGCUGUCAAGUUCAUGACUGACGGUGUCUUGCUGCGGGAGGUCGCGCAGGACAUUAGUCUGCGCAAGUACUCGGCCAUCAUAAUAGACGAAGCCCACGAAAGGAGCGUCAACACCGACAUCCUCAUUGGCAUGCUCAGCCGUGUCGUCAAGCUGCGAACCGAGCUUGCUAAGGAGGACCCUUCCCUCAAGCCGCUCAAGCUCAUCAUCAUGUCUGCCACGCUGAGGAUAGAAGACUUGACGAUGAACUCGACGCUCUUUCCAACCCCGCCUCCUGUCAUGGAAGUUGAAGGACGGCAGCAUCCCGUCACGAUUCACUUCUCCCGGAGAACCCACCACGACUACGUCGAAGAAGCGUUCCGCAAGAUCAGCCGAGGCCACCAGAAGCUUCCUCCCGGGGGCUUCUUGGUCUUUUUGACGGGGCGAAACGAAAUCAUGCAGCUGAGCCAACGCUUAAAGGCUGCGUUUGGAGGUCUCAGGACUGCCGAGGGGCCAAAGGUGCACAUCUCUGCAAACGACGCGCCGAUGGAGGUCGAAGACAUCGAGUUUGGCGACGUGGACGACGAAGCGGGGGACGAUCUGGAUGACUUGCCUUCGGACGAAGAGGAUAGAGGACUGGGGGAAGAGGACGAAUUCCAGAUCGAAGAGGACCAGCAAGCGGCACCACUCAAGAUGCAAAUAUUGCCUCUCUACUCCCUGCUGCCAACGAGGGAGCAGCUACGAGUGUUUGAGGACCCCCCGGAAGGCUACCGGCAAAUCAUCUUGGCCACCAACGUUGCCGAGACCAGUUUGACGAUCCCGGGCACGCGCUUUGUCUUUGACUGUGGAAGGUCAAAGGAGCGGCGCUAUGAUCGACUGAGCGGAGUCCAAAGCUACGACAUUGGCUGGAUCAGCAAGGCCAGCGCCAGUCAACGCUCUGGCCGUGCAGGACGAACGGGACCGGGUCACUGCUACCGACUCUACUCGUCCGCCGUCUACGAGAGGGAUUUUCCCGCCUUUGCAGAUCCCGAGCUAUUGCGCAUGCCCAUCGAGGGCGUGGUGCUGCAGUUGAAGGCCAUGAACAUCCAGAACGUCAUCAACUUCCCCUUCCCCACACCCCCGGAGAGGCAGAGCCUGGCCAAGGCGGAGAGACUGCUCACGUAUCUGUCGGCCAUCUCGCCCGAAGGCCGGGUGUCCGAGGUCGGAAAGACCAUGUCCGUCUUCCCGCUGUCGCCUCGGUUCGCCCGCAUUCUGCUCGUUGGCCAUUUGCACGACUGCCUUCCGUACACGAUUGCGCUCGUGGCAGGCUUGACGGCGGGCGAGGUCUUUCUUCCCGAAAACCAGGCGGUUCCCGCGUUGGCUGUCAAGGAGGACGCCGCCAUCCGCACGAACGAAGAUGUCCUUGCCGAGACCCGCCAGGCCAACGCGCGACGCAUGUUCAACGAGGUGCAUAAGAACUUUUGCUAUCUCGAUGAUAGGUCGGACGCCAUGAAGCUUUUGCAGGUGGUGGGCGAAUUCGCUCAUGAGCCCAUGGAGCAGUGGUGCGAGACGCACUUUGUCCGCUUCAAGGUGCUCAAGGAGAUUGGGCAACUCCGGAGGCAGAUCACGGAGUUGUUGCGGACCAACAUCCCGUCCUUUGCCGGCCUUAAGUACCAGGACAAGCUCCCCCCCCCGUCACCCAAGCAGGUGAGCGCGCUGAAGCAAAUGGUGGCGGCCGGGUUCGUCGACCAGGUGGCAGUCCGGGCAGACCUGGCGCCCAUGCCGCCGGAGCAGCACCGGAAGCCUCGACGGGCCAUCGACGUUCCCUACGUGCCGCUGAUACCCUUGGGCUCAGCACAGGACGGCCUAGUCUACAUCCACCCGGGAUCGCCACUGGCGCACCUGAGCCCGCAGGAGUGUCCCGAGUACGUCGUCUACUCGUACCUGCAGCGGACCUCCACGGCGGGCCUGGACCUGCAGAAGCAGCCCAAGACCAGGAUGCACUCGCUGACGGACGUCACGGGCGGGCAGCUCGUCGGGCUGGCUAAGGGUACGCCGCUGAUUAGCUACGGCAAGCCCAUCAAGGAGGUCAAGGCGCCCGCAGCCGGGGCGGACGGCGCGACGGUCAGGGAAUGCUGGGUCGUGCCGUUUCUGAGGGCCGAGGGCGUCGGGGGGCAGGGCUGGCCUCUGCCGGCUAGGAAGGUUAGGCAAAGAAAGGUUCCCGGUAAGGGAUGGGUGGUGGAAUGA